AUGAGCUCCAAAGCGACCACCGAUAGGAUCGAGGGCGAUGCGCCUGGGCCGACAAAAGCGCAGAUCUUAGACAAAGUAUUCUCGCUUGCAACGCAGUUCAGUACUUGUGUCGAGGCCUUCAAUCUCAUCCAUCCUUCAAAGGAGAGCGACCAUGCGCAGAGGGUCGCGCUAGCAAAAUUAGGUGUGCAGCAGAGCAGACUGCUCAUCUUUGGCGAUGCAGUCGGGAUCUCAGCCCCACCUGCGACCAUCGCCAGGCACAUGAUCCCAAGCCAGCCAGGAAUCACGAACCCGGACCCACAUCUUCCCGUAAACUUCGGCGUGAGAGAUGAUCGUCUAGACAACGACACCAUUCAUGAAAAGAUCCGGAAAGCCUUGAACGAGAUCGCUGGUCGCCCGGGCCACCUGUCAAGAGACGAGUUGAUGGAGAGGUAUGGCUUGAAAAGCCCUAAGCGAUUCAACAUGCUCGAGCAUCCUGCAUUGGACACGAACCGCAUGGAGGCUUUCCGCGAGAAGUAUGGAUUGCUGCAAGACCUUGUCAGACAAAGCGGCGCUCGUGCAAAUAUCAAACGAAACAUGAGCAUAACCACAACCCAUUGGACAGUCAAAGACACCGCCAAGUUCGGUGAGUUUGUCAAGGCUGUUCGUGCCGAAGUGGACGGGUUGAUAGAUCUGCUAGGCGUCAAUGAGCAGGUUGAUCGUGGAAUGAAGAGCGACAUCCGAUCAAUGGCAUGGCAUCCGGAACUUUCGGGCCCUAUCAUACAACAGGACUGGGAGAAGCUGCGCCUCAUCCGUGAGGCUUGUGAGGCCAACUACCCACAGUACAUCGAAGUUGCUGACAGGGCGCUACUGUACUUGACUGAGGAGCUCAGAGAGACGGUUAUCGCAAAUCGCCGGUCGUCUCUUGGGGCCUCCCCAAUGGGCGGUGCAGCAGGUGCACGACGAAAGUCAGACUACGAGGUAAGAGCUCAUCUAGAGGCAACCCAGACAACUCAAAAGAGAGGCUCGACUGGCCCGGAAGAGAAGACUGCUAUUCAGUUGGCUGCGGAGGGUGUCUACGGUCCUCAAAGUCAGAAAGAGAAGCGACCCGGAUGGCUCAGCGCGUUCAAGUUCAAGUCCUGGUCAAAGAGUCACAAGGCCGAGAAGGAGCAAUCGAACAGCCUCCCGGAGGACCCGGUGCGCUCUCUAUCUGUACCAGAGAACGAGAUGCUGGACGUAGCUGCUAAGGACGGCUUCCACAGCCUUGAGCCCACACGAUCCAAGAGUGUUGGCGAGAUCCCAAGCGGACCAGCGGCACUGGAUCUGGACUCGAGACUGCACAACCUGUCUAUCAACGUAACGGGCAGCGUUGAGCGACAGGCCCCGAAGAUAUCAGUGGAUAGCCCGAGUAGCGCGACAUUCGACCAGAACGAGCUCGAGCAGAUUAAAACUGUCAGUAGUGACGGCAUGCAAGACUAUGUUGUGCCUGCCACGACAGUGAACAGCCUGAUCGAUCGCCAUGACAUGUACAAGGGAAUGGGUCGCAUUGAGACGAAAGACAUCAGGAACAUUGCACAUGUUCCCAGGGGCGGCUAUGAGUGA